GAUUGGUUCAUACGCCAUUUGUUCCCGCAGGAUACUGGAGCCCAUGUGCACCAUUUAUUUGGAUUGGGAUCCGGUUAAAGAGCCAGACAUUCGCUUUUCGUCCUCUCAUUUUUGUAAACAACACCCCUAGUGAGAGAAGGCAGUGAGUAGGACUUCCCUGACAGAGGCUGUAUACGCGUGGCCGUGUGGGAGUAUUUCGAGGGGGAGAGCGAACCCACCCCACUCUCGGCCAUACCAGGGCAUUUGGGGGUCGGUUUAGCCAAAGUUAAACAGACCGUGACCUCAGUUAUUUUAGUGAUUUACUCGAAACAACUCACACUUGUAUUUGACUCACAAAGUAACUUUGAUACAUCCUGUAUUCCGUGAGAUUCUGCUCGACUUUCCGUCCAGUGAUACUUCAUACCCACAGAUAAAAUGAGGUAUCAAAGAGAGAGAGAUGUUCUUGAAUAUAAAACACUACAGGUUUUCGGUGCCAGUGUUACAAUUCAAAAAAUAAGGAGCUAAUACUACUAUGUUUCCUUACUAAGCAGUUGUGGGUGAAUAUUCUUAAGUGGUUGUUCUUUGGAUCCAACGAAAACAAAUCCUGUUACUUAUAAAGAAGUAUAUUUCUGUGGUACAGGUAGUCGAGAAAUAUAAACCAUCACGCACUUGAAAAAUUAAAAGUGUAACAAGUUAAACCGACACGCGUCUGCUUCACGUUCUUUGUUGUCUCUGAUGGAUUGUGUAUGAAGUGAAAAAGUUUGGUAAAUACCUACGUUAUAAGUACGUCUUUGUGUUUUCUUUCCACAUAUCUGUUUCCCAAUGUCUUAUUUUAAAGUUUUAACUUAUUAACUCUCCAGCUUUACAAUAUACCUUUUUUUGAUAUUCCAGUUACUGUUGCCAGAGCAAUUGAAUUAAAACAUAAACCAUAUUUAAUCGCUGGUUUAGCUAAUGAAACUGCUAAGUUUUACGAAAAAUGUGGUAAGCUCCCAGUUAUUUUUAAGAUCAAGUUUCUAAUGAACACCUCAUAUUUAGUGAGUUUUCGGGAUGUCGCAUAAAACUAACUCUAUUUGACCGAUAAAAAUAUAUUGUUUGUUAUUUGCUUUAAAAACCCUAAGUAAAAAAAGCAUCUUGUGCUACUGUUUAUGGUAGGCUUUUAAAAUUCGAUAAAUUUUAGUCAUCAUUAGCAGUGAAUAUAUAUUUUAUAUGAUAAAUGAACUGAAGUUGGAUAUUCUCAUUCAUUAGAUUAUCAUCAGUGUAACAUCUUAUCUCGAGAUAUGUCUUAGGUUUUGUGAUCGGGAAUCUCAUUUCAGGUGGGUUCUAGACUUUGAUGCCUAUGUCGAUUUGUGGUGAUUGUUGAUGUAAGAGUAGGCUGGAAGAAAUCUAGGUGUUACCCAAUCAAGCCGCAGCCCAUAAAUUCAUUGACUGUUGGACUGAGCCAUGUAGACAACUGUAGAUUACAUGGUUGGAGUCCUUGCAAUUGUCUUAGUGAGUGAUUGGAGAUGGAUGACAUGGCUCACAAUUGGUCACAAUGGUGUAGAUCCACUUAUUCUAUGUAUUAUUUAUUUAUUUACUUGAACACAUAAAUAUUGGUACAAGGGAGCGCCAAUAUAUAUGCCCUCAAAUGCCUUGGUAUGGCCGAGAGUGGGGUGGGUUCGCUCUCCCCCUCGAAAUACUCCCACACGGCCACGCGUAUACAGCCUCUGUCAGGGAAGUCCUACUCACUGCCUUCUCUCACUAGGGGUGUUGUUUACAAAAAUGAGAGGACGAAAAGCGAAUGUCUGGCUCUUUAACCGGAUCCCAAACCAAAUCAAUGGUGCACAUGGGCUCCAGUAUCCUGCGGGAACAAAUGGCGUAUGAACCAAUCGUUGGUCACCGGCUACCAUGAGACUGCAUCUCCUCACGAUGCUCCACUGCCUAGUGGGUUGGACCUUUAGGUCAAAGGCUCCGGGUGUGGCCCACUAAGACAACCACCUACUUCGGUCUGGGCACCCGGGCAGUAUCACAGCCCAUACACAAAUGAUGAACUGCCUACAAUUAUGGAAACUACUUUUCUUGCUUCAACUAACAAUCAAAUUCUAUGUAUUGAAGUGCUUAUACCUUCUAUUUCUCAAGUUCAUUCUUUUGUAAUCAUAUUCAUUAUGCCUACCGUUAUCUGCUGCUACGGAUAUUGUUAUUACGUUUACUACUUACUUACUUACGCCUGUUACUCGUGAAGGAGCAUAGGCCUCUCACCAGCAUUUUCCAUCAAACCCUGUCCUGAGCAAUCCUUUCCAGCUCCUUCCAGUCAUUAUUCAUCCUUUCCAUAUCUACUUCAACUUCCCGACGUAAUGUGUUCUCUGGCCUUCCUCUUUUCCGCUUCCCUUCAGGAUUCCAAGUUGGGGCUCGCCUCGUGAUGCAGUUUGAUGAUUUGCAUAAUGUAUGUCCUAUCUAUUCCCAUCGUCUUUUCCUAAUUUCCUCUUCAGCUGGAAGUUGGUUUGUUCUUUCCCAGAGAAGGUGGUUGCUGGUGGUAUCCGGCCAAUGGAUGUUGAGUACCUUACGUAGACAACCAUUUAUAAAUACUUGUACCUUCUUGAUGCUGGUUGUUGUAGUUCUUUUAUUUUGUUUACUUAUGUUUAACACAUAGAUAUUGGUACAAGGAGGCACCAAACACAAAUCCCAUUUGAUAUGUAUAAGGGCUGUGAUACUGCCCGGGUGCCCAAACCGAAGCAGGUGAUUUUCUUAGGGGGCCACACACCUGAAGGUCUGACCCACAAGGCAAUGGAGCAACGUAAGGCGAUGUAUUCUCAUGGUAGCCGGUGACCAACGAUUGGUUCAUACGCCAUUUGUUCCCGCAGGAUACUGUAGCCCAUGUGCACCAUUGCUUGGGAAUCAGGGUUUUCCAACUCCCAUAGGUGGACUCUCCAUGCCCACCAAUCCGGUUAAAGUAAAAUACAUUCGCUUCUCGUCCUCUAAAUUUCGUAGACAACACCCCUGCCACGAGAAGCCAGUGAGUAGGACUUCCCUGGUAAUGGCUGUAUACGCGUGGCCAUGUGAGAGCAUUUCGAUAGGUAAAGCGGACUCUCCCUACUCUCGGCCGUACCAGGGCAUUUGGGGGCGGUUGUAGUUCUACAAGUUUCAGCUCCGUACAGUAGAACUGCCUUGACGUUCGUAUUGAAGAUUCUCACUUUGAUAUUGGCUGAAAGUUGUUUUGAGUUCCAUAUGUGUAAUGCCUCUGUAGUUUUCAUAUUUGCUCAGAUCUCCUUUCAUUGGAAUCUUGAUGUGGUGUCCUUCUUACCGUUAUUACGUCUACUACUAAUUAAUUUGUCUCUAUAAUUUAAUCUUUGUGGAUGUAGUGUGGCGACUUGAACCGGUACACAUCAGUCAAUCAGCUAUAACGUAGGUCCAUGCACAUAUAUGCAUCCGUCCAAGUUGCCACACCUCAUCAGCACAACAAGAUGAUCAUCAAACUCACAGAAGUGUUUACUUCAAUUGUAGUAAUACAUAAAAGAAGCAUUGUAUAUAAGGAUAUAAUGCAUGAAGAAAGAAUUAGUUCACAGAAAGGUAUAAAGUAAUUUUAAUCUCACGGUUUAAGAGAAGACAAAGAGUGUAUGCAUCUACGCCAUUGUAAUCGAUUCUGGGCCAUGUCACCCAGAAUCUGCAACCAUUGAUUACGAUAGUCACGUGAACCCCAACCAAGUAGUCUACAUCUGCCAACAAGGCUCAGACCAGAAGUUAAUGACUUCAAGGACUGAUGCCAUGUUUUAGUUUGGUCUCCCAACCGUCUCCAACACUAGUCAGCAUUGCGCGCCGUGGUAAUCGGUGUUCAGGCAUACAUAACACGUGGCCCAACCAUCUCAGUCGAUGAAGAUUCACAACCUGAUCAAUUGAUUUACCAUCAUUCCCUAGUACCAGGGGCAAAUACAGUUUACAUGCAUACCAGUAAAAAGUUUUCACCUGUGCAUCCCUUGGCAUCCAUAUGCAUAUAUUGUCCCAUCUGAGGGGAUAAAUAAUCACCACUCCCCUCGAAAGUAUAUGCUACAUCUGACUGUCUCUCACACAUAACAUGCAUACCUAUAUCCAAAGACUUUCAUCUAUGCACCUUAUUACCUGCACACACACGUAAGCACUAUCUCAGGGAUGAUUGAUGGUCAUUUCUCCAUAGUAUUUACUACCAUAUUUUUUCAUUAUGUUUUUUGACCAUUAGGAUUAGGCCGCUGAUUUGAUCAGAUAUACAGCAGAUAUUUUUUUCAGGUUACGUUCUUUGUGCUGACUCACGCACGUACCCUUUGCAUAUACCUACAUACAUAAACUACACAAGCAGAGACUUCUAUAAUUCAUACAUAUGGGGCAACCCGUCAUCAUUUUUAAAGCCUCGGAGAGUGAACUCCGAGUAAUCCAAAAUCAGCAUAGAAGUGAUGGAUUAGUUCAAUCUCCGCCGACCAUCCACUUUUGCUAGCAAGGUUGCCUUCACUAUCCAGCACCACGUGAAGUUUUAGAGUCCAUUUUGCUGCCAAUCUUUGUGAUUUUUUCCUUUUUCUUCAGGUUUGGCUUUAACACAAUGUAAUCCUAAAGUUGUUGGGAAAUGGAAAAAAUAUUCAGAAUUUAAACAGUUCUGUUAUGAAUCAUAUUUCUUUUAGUGUCCUUCAUGAAGUUCUUGUUUUUGGAAGCUAAUAAAAGGCUAACAAUAACUUGAAUUUAUAUUACGACAAUAUACUUUUUGCAUAUCUUUCAAAAAAUAUUAGUUAUUCAGAAACAACUUAUAACUUGGCAUCUAUUAAAAUGUUAUUUUCGAUUAUUCAAAUUAAAGUUGUUUGGUUUACAGAUUAAGUGUUUAUAGAAAAUUGUUAUUAUGUCUAGAUAACGGUAAGUCAGUCAGUAAGUCAGUAACAACGUAGAACUUCGUACGUACGUACAUCAGUUCGAGUUGCCACACCACAUUAGCACAGAGAUGCAGUGAUCGAUUCAAGUCCCGUAGUGCUAGAUAUAGUAAAAUUAUAAGCUGAAAUCAGAAAAAUUAGGGUUGGAAGAUAACGGUAAGCAACAUUUUAAUUCUACAUUAUCGAUAACUAGCCUGUCGUUAAUCAGUCUUUCCCUAAAACAAAUUUCUGAAUAAUUAUUAUUUUGAAAGCAUUGUUAACCUUUUUCUUUACAUCAUCUGUUUAUUAAUCAUUGGUGUUGUCAUAGGUAAUACGGUCCAUCACUAUCAUUGUUUACUUUUAAAUGGUAUAUUGUGAUAAAAGUGGAUCCAACCUAAAUGUUUACAUUUUAUAUUGUACACCUAAAUGUUUAUAUAGAUAUUUUGAUGUGUAUUAAUUUAGUUUAAACUUAUUUUUCGAUAAUUAACUGCAUCAAACCUCUAACACCAAGUUCGUUGUACUAGCCAUGGUUAUCAUGUGUUAUUAACCUUCAUUAGAAUGACAGUUUUUCUCUGUAUUUGUUGUAACAUUCAUCUCAUUGCUCAAUUAAUUAUUUGCUGUCUGAUAAAUAACUCAAAUAUAACUUUUCCGGUUGAACAUAGGUAAUUUGUAGAGAACAGUUUUGAUUUAAAGUUAAGCUGUUUACUGAUAGUCAUUCAAUAGGAAUUUAGACCUAAUUUUCGUUAGCAAAUUAUCAGUUUGACUAGAUUAUUCACACCGGUAUUUUCACAUGGUCCAUUAUGUCAUCGUAAUACUAUUGUUACUUAUCGGAUGAAUUUAUGACACCUCGAUCCCUUCACAUGUUGCAGUAGUAAAUUGGUUUGCAACUCGAUACAUUAUUUGGUCAUUUAGAAGCAAACUGAUGAGAUUUAUAAACACCAAAGCCUUAGACCGUAUGAUAAACUAGGUAAACUCUGUAGUGUGUAAAAAAUCAUUACCAGUAAGAAAAUAGGUAAAUAUACAUAAUCGAAGCAAUUAUUCUCCUGCCUUCGAUAUCCCCAUUCGGUAAAGACAAACUUAGGAGAUCCUUCACUGUUCGGUCCUCUCCUUUUACUUUGUACUGUGACGUCACUGUAAGUACACCUUAUAUAUGCUAUUAAGUAUAAUAUUUUUUGUAGGUUAGCAGUUCUAUAAUGAGUAAGAGAUAAAUCAAAGUAGGGUUCAUGGAAAAUAGCAUUAUUGUAUGAUGAAAUUAAUCUGUAUCAAAGAGAUCCUGCUAAUGAGCAACAUAAUUUUGACAUAAUUUCUUUAAUAUUAUCCGCGGGAUUUGUAAAUUUAGAACAUAUGUGAAUAUUUUUUGUUUCUACUCGUUUUGAGGUUACUUUUUUGAGGGGAAAGUAAUCCAUCCUAAGUCUUGAUAUCUACUUUGAAUAUUAUUUGUAGAAAAAUAGUCAAUAGAACUGUGAUAAUCAUUCCAUUGUUUGUUAACCAUAACUUUUAUCAAAGAUGAUAUAUAUUUUGUACAUAAAAUUUCCUGGUUAUUUCAUACAUCAUCUAACUUAAUAAUUCACCACUAUAAAUGCAGUGUCAUUGGUAUUUCAAUUUAAUUCUCAUCUGUCAAAAACUUUCUUCUCUUAAAGGCGUAUGUUUACUAUGGUGAGGACUUAUUGGAAAAGGGAAAGGCAGGUCAAGCUGUAGCAAUUCUUAAAGAGGCAUCUGCUCCAUAUGAGAAGGCGAUUCGUGCUGCGCGUGAAUACACAAAAGUUGAAGGUGUCAGUUUGUCAACUAAACCACCUGAUCAUUGUUUUUUCCGUCGUCUGCCUGGACUAAUUGAACGUACACAUAAUAAAUGUGAACGUGAAAAUGGAUUAAUGUAGGUUAUUGCGUGUUUCUAAGUUAUUAACCUUGACCAGUAUUUUUUCAUGAAUGAUAUCAUUUUUAACCAUUUAGUUGCAAGGUUCGAUUCAUUUAGUAUGCGUCUAGCUGUAGAAUCCAGGACACAUGUUUCGUAUCAUUUUUUGGCUCGUUAGUUGGAUUUUCGAGUUGAUGUCUACCACCUGAUUUGGACCCAGUAACUUUCGCUCCAUCACGUUAUCCACUUAGUUAAUUAAUAUAAGUAGCCAUGAGUAUGUGUUUUAAUUUAAUUCGUAGUGGAUUUAGAUUAUUCCGUUGAUCAAGACUGAUGAAAUUCCAGUCAAAAUAUCAACGACAGUUUAACCCUAAAUCAUUUGAAAUUAAAUAGUACCUUUCGCUUUAUACAUCUUUAAGGUUAUCCACCGAUCUACUUUAGUAAAGGAGAGUUUCAUCAUUUAAAUAGAGAAUUUUCGAUUGUUGAAAUCAAUAAGUGGAAUGUUGGUUGAUGAAUGAUAUGUAGUGAUACGAAAUGUGGCCGAGUAAUAACUGAUCAUAAAACCAUAUUGCUAACCUAAACCUCUGAAUUCCUUUAGUUCAAUUAAGACUUAAUUUUUAGGAUACUUUUAGGCAUCAUUGUAUCAGCUACUGAGGAAAAAGUACUGAGUUCGAAUCCUAAUGUGGACAUCAUCACAAAUUUAGGUACAUUCAACUGAAAAGUGCCAAAUAGGAUGUAACUUGGAUUAUGGACCCCAUUGAUAGCUACUCAUAAAAUAUACUAAAAUUUAUGAUAUAACGCCGUAUCGAAGCCAUCAGCUCAGGAUGCUUGUAUCGCAGCUGAGAGAUUGAUCAUUUACAGUCUUCUUUAAUUUUACAACACUAUGACAUCGCUUAAUUUCUGCUUAUUUUUAUACCCUAUUUUCUCAAAUGAAAUUAAGUAUGUUAUUAGUAAUAUUGAUUAAAUGGAUAUAAUCAUACUUUCUUGAUGGUAAGUCAGUCAAUAUCAUAAUCGUUUUAUCACAAGAUAUAUCAAUAUUGAAUAUUCUAGAAACGUAAGUUGCAAUAGGUUUGUUUCCAAGUAUAAAUUGUCUAAAAGGUCAUGACGAUACAUAGUUUUAUCAAAUUUAUAGUAGCUUAUAAGUUGAUCAAUUUUACUGAAUUAUAUAUACUUUCGAUGAGUGAAAUACAUCGUGAACACGUGUUCAUUGUAUCCAUAUUUCAGAACAGAAUUUAUUUCUUUUGUUGUUGUGAACUUUAAUUAUUUAGAGUUUUGUCAAAAAUUCUUUUGGUCUCUCAUUACUUAGAACUAUUUAUACGGAAUGAGGUUACAAAAUUUUUAAUCUGAGUUUUCAAUUCAGCAAUUUACUUAGUAACCAUGUAUGGAUCCGUUAUGUUUAGUGCAGCCAGACACAUUGAUAUUCAUCCUUUGGUUAAUCACAGUUUUCUUUGACCCGACGCAUUAGUUUGAAUUGGUAGACCUAGGUGAAAAUUGUUCGGUUUCUAGUUUAUGAUUGAGUUGGGCUUACAGUAAUUUCUAAUUAUGAACGAUCAGGAUUCUUCUGAUACGGAUGGAAUCUAUUGCAAACUCGAUAAUACAACAACUAACACACAUCACUUCAGCAAUAAUUUCUAAUAUGCAACCCAGGAAUAAUCAAUGAAUGCAAACAGAGCUUGAUAUUCUAAAAAGUUGAGAAGUCAGUAUUGAAAUAGAACAAUCUAUUAUAUAUAUUAAUAUAGUGAUCUUGAGAUAAGAAAAUUGACGAACUGCAAGAAAAAAUAACCAUAUGGAUGAUAGAACAGCAGAUAUGAACUAGAAAAAAGCUAACAAAACUGGAAAAUUUGAAGUUUUCCUAUUUUAAAAAAACUCUUAUCAUUUCACUUUAAUUAUUUUAGUCUUCGCUGUACAUUUGGGGAAUUUUUCAAAAAAGGUGUAACGGUUAAAAGUUAUCGUUUGUUAGUAUUCAUAACUCUGCGUUGCCUUUUACUACACUUUUCUUACCUUUAAGCUGAAUUACAUUUUCAACCAAUUGAGUUUCCUAAGUAUUUGGAUACCACUUAUAACUAAUCUUUAUAUAAAUCUGGGAAUCGUUUGAAAUCAAUAGACUUUGUCCGACACUUACUUUCUCCAAUUUUCAUUUUACCGAUCUGGCUUCGUCGGACAAUGUUGGAGUGUGAAACGUUUCAUACAUCCUGAUAUUUCAGUAUCGGUUUCGAUUGAGGUAUACCGAAAAUAUCUGUUACUUAAUCUCUUUGUGAAGAUGAUUAUUAACUAAUAACCUGCUAAAUCAUAUGAAGGUGGAAAUAUGAAUGAUUCAGAAAGUAAUGUUUUUUUCAAAUAUUUCUCAUAAAAGUAGUAUUUAUGUCAAGUUCUAUAGCUGCAUUUUAGAAAGCCUCAUUUUUAAUGUGCUUCCGAAUAGUUACCAACUUUAUCGCGAACAAUUUUUCGCUUUCAAAAAUUAUCCUGAUUAUUUUAGGAAUGGAUUUAUAUUUUGUAUUGUAACAUGUAGUUUGACUAGACUAUGUUACCGUAGACACCUAUCUGAUCGCUGAUCAAGGACUAGAUAUCAAUAACCAUAUGCAUAUUGCCACAUACAGAAUGCCAAGAAGCCAUCCACAAUAUCAAGUUAGCUCACCAUCCAUACUAUGUUUGGAGUUGUUUUUUUACUCACUAGCCAAUCACCAACUACAUUAUUUGGACACAUUUUGUCGCUUAACAGUGAGUAUUAAUUUGCUGUGCUUGCGUUACCGUUUUAAUUUUUCCUUUACAGUGACAAUUCACAUGUUAACUCAUUUGCUCCUCGAUAAUCUUUUUAAUAAAUUUAGAUAUCAUCAGAAAGUUCCAAGUGUCGCUCCAUUUUUGGAAAUAAAAGCGGAAUAUGGCAUUGCAGCGCCCAAAGAACCUGAGCUCAAUUUUGAGUUAGAUCCCAGAUGGAAAGACGCUUACGUUGGUUUUGAUACUAGCAAAGUAGUGGAGAAUAUUUUAUCAAACUCCAAAAAUUCAAAGGAUCACAAACAUUCUGGAACCAAAGAUGAACCAGUUGAGCCAGUUCGUGAAAUGCCUAUUUUUAGUACUGAUAAAGAUCCGAAAAAUGACAGUGGAUGUGUCAUAUCGUAAUAUGAAUUUUUACAAAAUUAUCUUCGGAAUUUCGUUACAAUUUUAUCCUUUGGUUUAAAAAAAUCUUAUAUUACAGUAUGUGUAUUCUUUCUAUAAUUUUUAUAGGUUUGACAAUCAAUAUAUGUGCUAUGGUUACUAAAAAUGUGAUGAUCAUUAAUUAGCUUUUUAUCUUUAUUUCUAUUCAUGAUUUAUUUUCUUUCUUUUGUUAUGUGACGCGUACUCAGUCAUGGUGUUUUUGUUGAAUAUAUUGUAUAUAAAUAAAUCGCCAUUAGUUUGUCCUGUUAGAAUAUUUCUGGGCAUUGAUCAUUUCAGCGUCAUAUCGAUUCUACUCUUUUACAUCGUACAUUUAAUGAAUGUAAUAACCCCUGAAAUUUUUCAAGGUUGAUUUAAUCGAAAAAAAUUGAAAAUAGUAGCAUUACUUAAAGCCACUACAUUAAUCUUUUCUCAAUGAUUAAAAACAGUGAGAAACAGACCAUUUCAAAAAACGUCUAGUGAUAGGUUUAUAUAAAUUUUCUUGUUUAAUAUAAUUUUUAGGAAACAAGUUUCUUUGAAAAUUAUCUUAAGACAUUGUGUAAUACAAAUCGUAUUUAAAACAUAAAAUAUUUCGUAAAUAACUACAGCGAUACUCGAUGCUUUUCGAGAUUCACAAAACUAAAUAAGUUUGUCUUAAAGAAUACUGUUAGAUUGAAACAAAUUUAAGUAAAAUAUCUAGUCUAAAAUGUUUUUUUUUGUCA